UGAUUGGUUGGUUGGGUGAUGCUGCUGGACGUCGCUAUCCAAGAUGGCUGCUACCAUGGUGGAACAUGUUGUCGUAGAUGCGGGAGGAUUUUUGAAGAAAGCACCUCUUCAGGAAAUCGGGAAGAAUAUCUACACCCUGAAGGAUGUAGUAGAGGAAAUUAGAGACAAGCCAACGCGGAGGAGUCUGUCAGUCCUACCUUAUAAACUCAACUUCAAAGAGCCGUACCCAGAGGACAUCCGAUUAGUGACUGAGUUCUCCAAGAAGACUGGAGACUACCCCAGCCUAUCUGCCACAGACAUCAAGGUGUUGGCUCUAGCAUACCAGUUGGAGAGGGAACACGUUGGGACGGACCACCUGAGGAAAGAACCGGAGGUCAAGGUCCAGGUAUCCAGUACCAGGAGACAUCCAGAGGCUCCCGUCGGCGUGGCAGGAUUCCACUUCCCCUCAAAGAGGCCAGCAGAUGGGCUGUUCAGUGGCAGACAGAGGCCAGCAGCACAGACGCCAGCAGCACAGACGCCAGCAGCACAGACGCCAGCAGCACAGACGCAGCACAGCUAUAACCCUCCAGAGAUCGCAGAGUACAACAGCUUCCAGUUCUGGAGGAACCCUCUGCCCUGCUUCGACACUGACCUGCUGGAUCUAGUGGACAUUCAGGACCUGUCAAUAUCAGACGGAGCAGCGGACACCGUCCACACAGAACCUGGGACCGGGUCAGAGGAGCACGGCAGUGGGUCAGAGGAGGAGGAAGAUGAAGAGGAGGAGGAGGAUGGCGGCGGUUGGAUCACCCCUAGCAACAUUAAACAGGUUCAGAUGGAGACGGGGAUCUGGGCGUCGCCCGCGGACGUUAAAGUGGCGUGUCUCACCGACGACUUCGCUAUGCAGAACGUCCUGAUUCAGAUCGGGCUCCAUGUCCUCUCUGUGAACGGGAUGCUCAUCAAGCAGGCCAGGAAUUACAUCCUGCGAUGUCACGCCUGUUUCAAGACCACCACCAACAUGAAUAAGGUUUUCUGUCCACACUGUGGCAACAGAACGUUGAAGAAGGUGGCCGUGACGGUCAGCGAGGACGGAAGCAUCCAGAUGCAUCUCUCAAAGAACCCCAAAGUGCUCAACCCCAAAGGGAAGAGGUACUCCCUGCCCCUGCCACAAGGGGGCAGACUAAUGUACGCUCUCUGUUCCCCGUAGUACUCCCUGCCCCAAGGGGGCAGACUAAUGUACGCUCUCUGUUCCCCGUAGUACUCCCUGCCCCAAGGGGGCAGACUAAUGUACGCUCUCUGUUCCCCGUAGUACUCCCUGCCACAAGGGGGCAGACUAAUGUACGCUCUCUGUUCCCGUAGUACUCCCUGCCACAAGGGGGCAGACUAAUGUCUGCUCUCUGUUCCCUGUAGUACUCCCUGCCACAAGGGGGCAGACUAAUGUACGCUCUCUGUUCCCCGUAGUACUCUCUGCCACAAGGGGGCAGACUAAUGUACGCUCUCUGUUCCCCGUAGUACUCCCUGCCCCUGCCACAAGGGGGCAGACUAAUGUACUCUCUGUUCCCCAUAGUACUCCCUGCCACAAGGGGGCAGACUAAUGUACGCUCUCUGUUCCCCGUAGUACUCCCUGCCACAAGGGGGCAGACUAAUGUACUCUCUCUGUUCCCCGUAGUACUCCCUGCCCCAAGGGGGCAGACUAAUGUACGCUCUCUGUUCCCCGUAGUACUCCCUGCCCCUGCCACAAGGGGGCAGACUAAUGUACUCUCUGUUCCCCAUAGUACUCCCUGCCACAAGGGGGCAGACUAAUGUACGCUCUCUGUUCCCCGUAGUACUCCCUGCCACAAGGGGGCAGACUAAUGUACGCUCUCUGUUCCCCGUAGUACUCCCUGCCCCAAGGGGGCAGACUAAUGUACUCUCUCUGUUCCCCGUAGUACUCCCUGCCCCAAGGGGGCAGACUAAUGUACGCUCUCUGUUCCCCGUAGUACUCCCUGCCCCUGCCACAAGGGGGCAGACUAAUGUACGCUCUCUGUUCCCUGUAGUACUCCCUG